AUGAGCGGCUCACUCGCGGCUGCAGAUCAGUCGCGGCCUGCUGACUCCUUCAAGGCACGCGUCGUCGAGGCAGGGACCGCCGCAAGCAGCUCUUCUCGCAGCAAGGUUCUGCUCCCUGUCGAUACCAUCCGCGCCUUGAAGCUUCAAACCGGCGAUGCGCUGCUCGUCACUGCCGAAGGCGCGACUUCAGCAGACUUCUUCGUCGGCUCUGUGUGGCCCUCUUUUGCUCUCGAGACCGGUACUAUACGACUCCCGAUAGCGGCCCACCUUCCGCCCGGCCUCCAAUCUGGGCACACCGUCUCGAUACUGCCUCUCGCUACGACACAGGCUGGCGAUGCAACCAGAAAGCCUCCAACAUGCACGAAGAUCACCCUUUCCCUCUCUUCACAGGAGUCUGCUAGCGCCUCCACGUUCGCGAAGCUUGGCAAUUCGGAUCGCCAGAUGCUCACUGUUCACGCCAAAGAAUGUCUUGCCGAGCUCGAGUACGUUCACCAAGGCCAGGUGCUGCCACUCAGCUUUCAAGGGGAAGUGUACUCCUUCACGGUCGCUUCGGUACUCGAUACGAGUCAGAACCAAGGCUGGACGGUCUCCACUUCCGUCGACCCUACUUCGGCAUCCAGGACCACACAGGCGUGCUCGGUGAGCCGAACUACUGACGUCGCCAUUGAAAGCUUUGGCGCUGAUGCAAAGUACCCGAAAGAGUCGACAACAAACGGCGCGCUUGAGAUCCCCAAAGAGGAUCCUUAUUCCAGGCUCGGCGGUCUCGACCGACAGAUCGCGGAGAUCAAGACCUUGAUCGAGAUGCCCCUCAUGUCUCCCGAAAUCUUCGUCCAGUACGGCCUCAAACCACCAAAGGGAGUGCUGCUGUAUGGUCCACCGGGAACAGGAAAGACGUCGCUCGCAAGGGCCGUUGCUGCGGCAACCGGAUCGUCUUAUCUCACUAUCAACGGCCCCGAGCUGUCCUCUGCCUUCCAUGGUGAGACCGAGUCCAAGCUUCGCAGCAUAUUCCGAGAAGCACGACGCAAGAGCCCAUGUAUCAUCAUCAUCGACGAGAUCGACGCUCUAGCCCCAAGAAGAGAAGGGGGCAGCGGGGACGGCGCCAAUGCGGAUGGUGCGGGCGAAGUCGAGCGCAGAGUAGUCGCGCAGCUGUUGACGCUGCUCGAUGGCAUGGAGGAGGCCGACGAUGACGAGGAUCAAGCGCAGCAAGACGAUGCGACACUCGACGAUGCAACGGAGAGGAAAGCGCUAGCUCAAAGCUCGUCGACGGGCAAAGGCCCAGCCCGCGUCGUUGUUCUUGCAGCCACGAAUCGGCCGAACGCGAUCGAUCCAGCUCUCCGCCGUCCAGGUCGUCUUGAUCGUGAAAUUGAGAUAGGCAUCCCAACCGCCGCUGCACGAGGCGAGAUCAUUCACACACUGAUUCGGCCAGUGCCGCAUGAUCUCACGCAAGAGCAGAUCUCGGACCUUGCUGGUCGCACGCACGGCUACGUGGGCGCAGAUCUCUCGGCUCUCAUCCGCGAAGCCGGCAUGCGAGCCGUCCGUCGCACAUUUGCUCGUCGCCGUUCCAGUUCAGACCAGCUCGAAGACAGGAUUCAUUCUAUGUCGCUCGAGAAGAAUGAGACAGACGACGGAAUCCUCGACAACGUGACUGCUGCGGAUCUCAACGCGGCGCUGUCCCUGGUACGCCCCUCUGCCAUGCGCGAGAUCUUCCUCGAGCCGCCGAAAGUCUACUGGUCCGACAUCGCCGGAUCAUCGACACCCUCAGCUGGCGGCUCGGGAGCCUUGUCCACCAAAUCAGUCCAAGCGCAGGUUCGCGAGCUCGUGGAAUGGCCCAUCAAGCAUGCCGCCGCGUUCUCGCGACUUGGCGUCUCACCACCACGAGGCGUCCUCCUGUACGGCCCGCCAGGCUGUUCCAAGACUCUCAUCGCUCGAGCGCUCGCCACCGAGUCUGGCCUCAACUUCCUCGCUGUCAAAGGCCCCGAGCUGUACUCGAAGUACGUCGGCGAAUCGGAACGCGCUAUCCGUGAUACCUUCAAGAAGGCACGCGCAGCAUCGCCGAGCAUCAUCUUCUUUGACGAGAUCGACGCCCUCUCUUCCAGUCGCGACGGCGAUUCGAGCGGCGACGCGCUCAACAGCCGCAUCAUUGCAACCUUACUCAACGAGAUGGACGGCAUCGAGGCCAUGUCGGACGUCAUUGUCAUCGGUGCGACUAACAGACCGCAGUCGCUCGAUCCCGCUCUCCUUCGCCCCGGCCGACUCGACAGGCUCGUCUACGUUGGGCCCCCGGAUGGCGAGGCAAGGAAGCAGAUCUUGCGGACGAGGAUGUCAAAGAUGGCCGUCAGCACGGAAUUUGUCGACCUGAACAAGCUGGCGCAGAUGACGGACGGAUGCUCGGGCGCCGAAGUUGUUUCGAUCUGCCAGGAGGCCGGCUUGCUCGCCAUGGACGAAAACAUCGAUUGCCAAGCGAUCGAACAGCGUCACUUCGAAAGCGCAGCUUCCUCGAUCAAGCGGCGCAUCACUUCGCUCAUGAUCCGCCAGUACGAAAGCUGGCGCGAUACUCUGGUUGUCUGA